AUGUCGACGGGCGCAAUCGCAACGCUUCUUGGUCAACAACCAUACAGCUUCCAUGGACUGAAGACGAUUGGAAAGAUCUUCUUCAUUCUCGACAUCGUCCUAUUCCUCGCAUUCAGCGCCUGCAUCACCUACCGCUUUAUACACAAUCGGGGCUCGUUAACGCUCAGUCUACACCACCCUCACGAGAGCUUCUUCUUCGGCGCCUUCUUUGUCAGCAUCGCGCUCAUAAUAUACUGCAUCGAGUUGUAUGGCGUCCCAGCGUGUGGACCAUGGCUCAUCAAAACGUUGGAAAUUCUGUUCUGGCUGUACGCGGCCAUUGUGAUUUUGGUCGCGGUAUUCCAAUAUCACGUCAUCUUUGAUCGAAGAGAGCUGCCAGUCACCGGCGCUAUGCCCGCAUGGAUCUUGCCCGUGUACCCGUUUCUUGUUCUUGGUGUCUUGGGAGGAACGUUGUUGAAGAGUCAGCCACCCGGGCCUGGAUUCAACAUCUUCAUUGGCAGCGUCACAUUCCAGGGCCUAGGCUGGACUAUUGCGUUCUUGAUGCUUACGCUGUACUUCACACGUUUAGUCAACAGUAAGCUCCCCGAGAUACCUAAGCGACCAGGAAUGUACGUCGCUGUAGGUCCAGCGGCAUAUACAGCGAACGCAUUCAUCUCGCUUGGCAUGCAGGCGCCCAAACACGUCCCCGAAGACUUAUUCGGCAUCACAUCAUUCCCCGUAGGCGACGCGUUCAAGGCCUUCGGACUCAUCGCUGGCAUCUUUCUGUGGUUCAUAUCCUUUUGGUUCAGCGCCAUCGCAACCGUGAGCAUCAUCAUCAGCGCCAAGGAGUCGCACUUCACGCUGAACCACUGGGGCUUCAUCUUCCCCAACGCUGGAAUGACCAUCGCUCUCAUCUACAUUGCCAAAGCUUUAGACAGCCCAGGCAUCAAGGGUGUCUGCAGUGCAGCCACCAUCGUCCUUGUCAUGCUCUGGAUCUGGGUCGCCAUCCUCAACGUGAAGGGUGUGAUCCAAAAGAAGGUCCUCUGGCCAGGCAUGGAUGAAGACAUGGAGGAUAUUGAAGGCCACGGUCACAAACCCGGUGAAGAGCAGGAAGACAGCGAUGGACAGGUGUAA